AAUCUUGCUGAUACCUAUAAGCACAGGUGUUGUGUUUGAUCCUGAUAUUUCUGAAAAGAACUAUAUUUUUAUUUCAUAACUAAACCCUCAUUGGUUAUUCCAGUAAUAUAUUUGAUAUUCAGAAGGCUGAUAAAAAUAAUGUUUGUGUGGCUCAAAGACUUUUACAAACGCCAUCGUAAAAAAAUUCUUGUGACUGGUGUGUUGGCAGGUGGAACAUAUGCAUUGGCAAAAAUAAUUUCAUGGAAGUUAAAUGAAUGGCAACAGGCUAAACUUUUAGAAUAUUCGAUUCAGACAAAAAAGCAGUUUCACUUUGAGAGUACUCAAAGGACUUGCACAAUGACGUUCAUGUCAUUUUUGCCCAAUCUUCGUAAUACAAUCGCAGAACAUUUAAAUACAGAAGAACUGCUUGAAAAGCUCAAAAGUAAACCAGCUAACAAAUUGGAAAUAUGGGAACAGUUAAAGAUUUUAAGCAUGAGUCGAUUUUUGUGUUCAGUAAUAUCAAAUGUUAUGUUGCUUGUUCUUUUGAGAAUAGAGCUGAAUGUCAUUGGUGGUUAUAUGUUGAUUGCUUCUUUGAAAGAUGAUUCAAUGGGAGUCAUAAGUGAAAUGAAUGAUGUUCAGUUGCAAUAUUUAAACAAUGUUCGAUAUUUCCUUGAAAAAGAGUUGCCAAAACUUAUCGUGGAUUGUAAGGAAGCCGUUGCAGAAGUUCUUGGUGAAGUGUCAUUAAAAGAGAAGAUUUCAUUUUCAACUCUAAAUCAAUAUAUAUAUGACAUCAUAGAACAAAUAAAAUCAAAGUAUUCAGAAGAACGUAACGAAAAGCAUGCUCUAACAACCUAUAUGGCAGAUCCUGCUUGGACAGAACUUGAUGUUAGUGACACAUAUAGUAAGAUGACAUCAGAGACUGUUGAUGUUUUAGAAAGUGCUGAUUGUGCAAAAGUCAUAGAACAGUGUAUACAUAUUGGUGUGGAAAAAGUGCUGAAAGUUCUGAAAGGUUCAUUUUGCGGAUGUGAAGAUCCCGAAGCGAUUGUUUCUGUUGAAAGUUGCAUCAAAACUGAUUUUUUUAAGCCCAUUGAUUUACCUCUUGCUAAAAUAAUUCCUUUACUGAAUGGACAGUUUCAUGACAUCUACAAAGCUGGAUCGAAUCCUUUUUUGGAUGCUUUGUUUGCAGAAAGUACGUUGAGAGAAUUCACAGAAAACACAUAUGAAGGAUUCAGUACCAAUUAAAGUGUUGGGUAAACAACUCAACCUAAAUAAAAGAGUUUGCUGAAGCUUUUUGAACAGAAUAAUGGUUGUAUCAUUUCAAAAGAUUCUCACCACUAUGUAAUUAAAAACAAAUGAAUACAGUUCUGCAAGUAAAGAGUGUUCUUUUAUGUAUUUUUUUCUUCAUUACACGAAUUACAAAUUUUAUACUUUAUUGUGAUAUAUAUUAAUUAGUUUUACUGUCAAUACCAUAACUUUACGAUAUAUCUGAAACAAUGGUUUUUACAUCCCGA